CCUGACGUGGCGCGCCGCAGGUUGAGGGAGCGGCAGCGGCUGCCAACGGUUGCCAACGGCUACAACGGGCGAGGCGCCAAGCGCUGGCCCGGGCCAGAGCUCUCUCUUUUGCUUCUGCUUUUUAAAAACACAAAAUGUCUGAAGUUAAGCCGAGGAAAAAAGGUAUUUCUUCAUCCAGGACCAAUGAAGGUUCACAAAAGGUUGAGAAGCACAGUAAUUGUGGGAAGCUGGCAAGUCCCAGGACGAGCAAUAGUCGGAGUUCCUUUUGGAUGGACUCACGGACAAGCUUGAGCAUAAUUUCCCUUGCUCUUUGCCUGGUGCUGACCUGGUCCCUAUUUCAGCAGUCAGGUCAAUUUGCUGAUAUGGAAAAAAAGUACAAUUUCUUACAGCAAGAAGCUGAAAAAUUCCUGGAUGUGGAAAAUAAAGUUAACUUAAUUUCUGAAAAGCUUGAGUCUUCUGAAAGUACCCUACAAGAAGCUGCCUCAUCCAUCUCUGUGAUGACUGAGUUUGAGCAGGAAGUAUCUUCUCUUCAUAACAUCAUAAAUGAUAUUCAGAACAAUGAACAGACUCUCUCUAUAAAGAUGCAGAGCAUUAAUGAGAAGUUCCAAAAUGUUACAAAUUCCUGGAGAAGAAGCUUGGAUGAAAUGAACACAAACACUAGUAGUUUAAAAUCUGAAGCAAAGUUCAUACAUACAGAAGUUACUUCCCAAAUUAAUGAAGUUGACCAAAGAAUUAAAUCCCUUUCAGAAAGAGUAAGAGAUUUGGAAGACAGUACAGCCAGAAAUAUUAAAACACUAAAAAGGCAAGAUGAUGAUGAAUUCUCUAGAGUUGAACAGAAGUUGGACUUGCAUGCAAAGGCAGUUGAAAAGCUAGAAGAAGAACAGAAUAGUCUGGUAGCCAAGGACACAGACCUGAAUCAGAAACUUGUGAACUAUGAACCUAAAAUUGAGGAGUGCAAGACCCAUUUACCAACAAUUGAAAAUGCUAUUCACUCUAUUCUUAGGUUAUCAAGUGAAUUGCUAAGUAUGAAGAAAAAGAUAGAGGACUUGACAACACAGCUAUAUACUGUGGAAAAUGAUAUGUUGAAAACUGUUUCUGAUACAAUGGCAAUGCAAAAGGUUCUUGAAGGCAUACAGUACAAUGACAGCGUAUUGAAAGUGCAAAAUGAAAGAGUGGUUUUAGAAGUAGUGCAUGACAUAAAAGUAUCUUCAAAAGCAAAAGAAAUAACUUUAGAAAGCUAUGACUUAGAAAAUGACCAGAAUGGGGAUAAGUGAAUUUGGACUUAGGGUUUUUAUUGAUGAAAGAGCACUUUAAUUUGUUAUAAAUAAUGUGACUCCAACGUAUGUUAAGGGUAGCUGAAAUGUUGUCAUCAAUUUAAAUAGGCAUUGGAUCAGACUGAAAAGCAAACUUAUAAUAAAGAGGAUAGAGAGCAAGAAAUACUGUGUUGGAGGAGGCAAGGAGUAUUUUCUUAAAUAAAUUAAGGAUUAUUUUCAGCUUAUUUAUUAAAAGAUCAUUUUUAUUAAAAUGGAAUUUGAAGCAAAGUAUUUAGAUUAAAAAAAAAAAAUCAAAACCGGAGACAUCAGAUUAAAAUUUAUAUUUUACCUCACUACUUUGUUUUUUAUAUUUUUACUUUUUGUAUUAUAUUCUAUGGACUUGUAACACAAUGAACAAUUAAGUUCACAUCUCUAGGCAGAUACGUGUACCUCGCUUUUAAUGUAUUAUAUACCAUAAUGUUUUUGUGCUUACGGGGCAGACUUCUCAAUGUCAGAGUUGUUACCGGGAUCUACAUAUUUUCUUAUGUGCAGGAAAGCACUAAGUACAUUUUUAACAGCUGAAGCUUAGAUACAGCAGCAUUACAGAAAACACUAGUAAAGUACCCCUUACUAAGAACCUUGUCUUGUACUGGUAUUUAUAAGCAGGGGCUUACAUAGUAUCAUUUCUUUGGCUGCAUGCAAAUAGCCUCCUUAGACCUCAUUUCCAGCCUUUUCAAACUUUCUAAAAUCACUGGCAUAGUUUUGUUCUGGCAUUGAAGUCAUUGGACUACAUAUAGAGUGAAGUUCUUAUUAACAAAUAUUCCUGUUAGAUUCUUCUAUCAUUUAAUUUGCAAGUUUGGUGCGAUCGGUCACUGUAUUAGUUUGGGGGGGUUGGGGUUUUUUUUGUUUGUUAUGGUGCUGUUAGAAACAAGUUUUAACCUUUUCUUGUGUAGAAUGUUCUCCGUUAGGCAUUACAUGACAUGUCUGGUAUUGCUUUGCAUUUCAAAGGGAAAAAAAAACCCCAAACUUACCAUUGUCACUGACAUUGUUUCCCAAAAUUUGGUGAAGCAAGAGCUGCAAAAGCAAUUAAUGAAAGUAAUGGAGUUACGUACUUGGGGGCAGGGAAUAUCUUAUUUAUCCAUAGGUCUAAUAGAUCUGCUUACGCAGGAUGUAGUACUACCGAAUAGGCCUGGUAGCUGUUCACUGAAAUUUGGAUCUCAGGACCACCAUAAAUUUGUGUCUGCAGACUUACGUCUUGAUAAUUUCCGAUUCCUGAUAUCUGAACUCAGGAAAGGAGACUGCUUAGCAGACAGUAUGAACCCACAACAUUUAUGACUUAAUCAGGCUUAAGUUAAAUUAUUCUAGUUUUGUACAUUCAUUUAUCGAGAACUCUACUGAAAUCUUCACUAAACAGUUAAUGCUGCCCAUUCAAGAGACUAUUAAACCAGCAUUUCUCAAUGUUAUAAAGUCUGUCAGUUUCAUAUAUUUAUUAUGUAUAGAUUUGUAUGUGUUUACAGUCAUAUUCAAUAAAAAUAUAAUGUAGUGGAUUGCACUGUCCUGAUGCAUAAUCUAAUUCAAAAUAAAUUGCUCUUCCAGAAAGGGUACAGAAUAAAUACUUUCGUGUUCAGUGUUCCAUUAAGAAAUACUAUUCUGUAUGGAAAUGUUU